AUGUUCCGCUCGAGAUUAAGGAUACCGCGUGUCCCCGUCGUCGCGCGACCAGCCGUCCGAGUCCAGAGAUCCCUCCAUACCCUCCCCGAGCUCCCGCACUCCUUCAAAGAUGGCGUACCAGGUCUCCUAUCCGCGGAGGGCUUCGAUAUGGCAUGGACGCAGUACCAGAGCCUAAUGCUGGAGAAGCUCAACUCCCUUACUGCCGGCACCGAACUCGAGCAAAAGGACACCUACUCGACCCUCGUCGCCACGGCCCGCGAGCCCUCCAAGGCCCCCAUCUUCAACCACGCCUCCAUGGCCCACAACAACCACUUCUUCUUCAAGAACCUUACCCCCAACCCGAACCCCAUGCCCUCCGACCUCCGCCGCGACCUCGAGCGCUCCUUCAGCAGCAUCGAGACCCUCCGCCGCGAAUUCAUCGCCACCGCCUCGGCAAUGUUCGGCCCCGGCUUCGUCUGGCUCGUCCAGACCUCCCCGUCCGAGUUCUCCAUCCUCCCCACCUACCUCGCCGGUUCCCCCUAUCCCGCGGCUCACUGGCGUCGUCAAGACACCGAUAUGAACACCACGGGUCAGCACGGUACCGGCGGCCCUUGGCUUAAGAAUACCCAGGUUAAGGGCAUGCCGCAGAAGAAGGACGAGCUGCCCCCCGGCGGCGUUAAGCUCACCCCGCUCUUGUGCCUUAACACCUGGGAGCACGUCUGGCUUAGGGAUUACGGCAUCGGUGCUGGUGGUGUUGGCGGGAAGAAGGCUUUCGCCGAGGCUUGGUGGGAGGCUGUUGAUUGGGAGGCUGUCGUUUACUCGACGAGGUUGACCAAGUCGGGUGAGGGUGGCACCGUUCCGGCGAAGGAGUCGCUUUUGAGGCCGAGGCCUGAGGAGACUGCUACCUACGGAAGGGAGGUCGAGCCUACCCCCGAGCUGAUGGAGGAGCAGGGAAAGGAGCGUCCUGCUGAUUCGUGA